AUGCCCGUCUCAUGGACUGCGUUCAUGGACCAGCGACUUCUGGUCGCCGUCCUUGCUGCCGUGAAGCUCCAUACAGCUGUUGUCGUGGCGAAGUGGCAAGACUUGUUCGGCAGAGACGAUGUUGAGCAGCCAACGCAGAGAGCCAUCGUGAAGCACAUCGGCAAGCUCAAGAAGACUCUUGACAUUAGUGGGGGCAAGACAUCUGGAGCCACGAGUGGCGUCAAGAAAGAGCCCAAGGGCGUCAAGACGCCGAAGAACAAGAAACAGAAAUUCAUUUCUGCGCCACUGACUCCGCCUGGAUCUGCUGACCACGAUGACGAUGAGAGAGGAAGCCUCAUGAAGGGUGAGAUCACAGAUCAAGACUCACCAAGUCCGACCAAGAAGCGUCUAAGGUCGAAGACUUUCAAGGCGAACACAUCCUCCAAGCGCAGGCGAGCGAACUUGAGCGAUGAGGAGGAUUCGAUGUCCGAUGGGGGCGAUGCUGAGGACGACGCCUCACCUGCGGAGCCAUCCUCCGUGAAGAAUGAAGAUGACGAAUUCGUUGUACCUGGCGAAAUGAGAUCCAACAAUGUUUCAAUUCCUGCGCGCAGUCAGCGACCCAGGCGAGCCAAAGCUGAGAGAAAGCCGAUAUUGAUCAACGACGAUACGACGGAAGAUGAAUGUGAUAUCGUCGAAGAAGCAGAGUGA